AUUUCCAGACAGGCGGCCGAUGGGCAGCCUGCGGGGUUCGGGGGCGGGAGUGAAGGGGGUCCUUUGGGGAAGGACCCGCCCCUGGGUCAGGACUAGUCCCGGCACUUGAGGCUAAACCUUCCGUGUCGGCAGCUAGAGCUCGAGAGGACAGAGCUAAGAUUUCAGAAUGACUUCCCUGUUGACUUACACAUUUAAAAAUCUUCCCAAUACAUCAAAAUGGGCCGUCCAAUUUUUUGUGAGACCUCUGAGCUGUUCCUCCCAGCUGCGAGCUGCUCCAGCCGCCCAGACCAAAUCAAAGAAAACCUUAGCAAAACCCAACAUAAGGAAUGUCGUGGUGGUGGACGGUGUUCGCAUUCCGUUCUUGCAGUCUGGCACUUCGUAUAAGGACCUGAUGCCUCAUGAUUUGGCUAGAGCAGCACUUUCGGGUUUGCUGACUCGGACCAAUGUCCCAAAGGAUGUUGUUGAUUACAUCAUCUUUGGCACAGUUAUACAGGAAGUGAAAACUAGCAAUGUGGCUAGAGAGUUGUUUACCUGGUCUCACCCUUAUUUGUCGGAGGCUCACUCGGGGCUCAGGCAGUAUUGCACAGGUUCUUUCAUCAGCUUGACCUCCUGUGUAUUGGCUGCCCUCGGAGCUGGCUUCUCGGACAAGACCCCUGCUCACACUGUCACCAUGGCCUGCAUCUCUGCCAACCAAGCCAUGACCACAGGUAUUGGCUUGAUCGCUUCUGGGCAGUAUGAUGUGGUCGUGGCAGGUGGUGUAGAGUUAAUGUCUGACGUCCCUAUUCGUCAUUCAAGGAAAAUGAGGAAAAUGAUGCUUGAGCUCAAUAAGGCCAAGACUCUGGGUCAGCGACUGUCUUUAAUUUCAAAAUUCAGAUUGAAUUUCCUAUCACCUGAGCUCCCCGCAGUGGCUGAGUUCUCCACCAGUGAGACCAUGGGUCACUCUGCGGACCGGCUGGCCGCUGCCUUCGCUGUCUCUCGACUGGACCAGGAUGAGUAUGCGCUGCGUUCGCACAGCCUGGCCAAGAAGGCGCAGGAUGAAGGCCUGCUGUCUGAUGUUGUACCCUUCAAAGUGCCAGGAAGAGAAACAGUUACCAAAGAUAAUGGCAUUCGUCCUUCCUCUCUGGAGCAGAUGGCCAAACUAAAACCUGCAUUCAUCAAGCCCUAUGGCACAGUGACAGCUGCAAAUUCUUCUUUCCUGACUGAUGGUGCAUCUGCAAUGCUGAUUAUGGCAGAGGAAAAAGCUCUGGCCUUGGGUUAUAAGCCGAAGGCAUAUUUGAGGGAUUUCGUAUAUGUGUCUCAGGAUCCAAAAGAUCAACUUUUACUUGGACCAACAUAUGCUACUCCAAAAGUUCUGGAAAAGGCAGGAUUGACUAUGAAUGAUAUUGAUGCUUUUGAAUUUCAUGAGGCAUUCUCAGGACAGAUUUUGGCUAAUUUUAAAGCCAUGGAUUCUGAUUGGUUUGCACAAAACUACAUGGGUAGAAAAACCAAGGUUGGGUCACCUCCCCUGGAGAAGUUUAACAACUGGGGUGGAUCGCUGUCCCUGGGACACCCAUUUGGAGCCACUGGCUGCCGGUUGGUCAUGGCGGCUGCCAACAGACUGCGGAAGGAUGGAGGCCAGUAUGGCUUAGUGGCUGCCUGUGCGGCUGGCGGGCAGGGCCAUGCUAUGAUUGUGGAAGCUUAUCCAAAAUAAUAGAUAAUGAAGAGGUGACCUGGAGUUUCCGUGCACACUCGCACUAGGCAAUGCCAUUCCAAUGCAUUACUAAAUGACAUCCAUAGUUCCUAGCUCCUCUUAGGAAAACACAGUCUGUGGCCUUCUGUUAAAUACUUCGCAAUGAAGCCUUGCUAGCACUCUGAGCUUUCCGGUAAUCAUGGCUUACUGCUCUUUCAGGGAUUUCUUAGUCACCAGAGUCACACAGUGAUAACGUUUAAGCAAUUGUUUUUCGUCUCUAUUUUCAUUAAAUACUAAGAGUGGUUGCAAUUUGGGAAAGAGGUUGGCUGAGAUUUGGAAUCAUCUUUGUAACAUUUGCAAAUUAUACUCUUUCCUGUUUGUGACCUAAAGAUGAGUGUUUUCUAUAAAUUACAAACCAAUGUGCCUAAAAAAAUUAUGGAAAGAUAAUUCCGAGUUAAAUGUUACUGACAACUUACAGUAAAUGUUUAGAUGUAUAAGUACCCUGUUAACCUUAAUAAACUGAGAAAAUAUUGAA